GCCGCAGCCGAGCCAUCCUCGAGGAAGGUCCUCGUCACAUCCGCUUGUCGGUCGGUCACGGGGACGACGCGAACCGGCGAUGAUGACAGGCCGUCUAUGACGGCAUUGGAUGACAUCACGAUGAUGAAGGCCCGACCAUUCCGCCGAUGAUCCAUUCGCGAACACGGCGACGGGGAAAACGCCCUCUGCCUUCACGGCGCGUUCCCUGCCUGACCUGACCUUUCGCUGGAGAGACAGAAAGAGAGAGAGAGAGAGAGAGAGAAAGUUGAGGGUGGGAGAGAGUACGAGAGGAGUCGAGCGAGAGGACUCGUGCUCGUGCGAACGCAGGACGUAGCACGCAGGACAACAUAGUGCCUAUUGUGCGAGACCGUCUGUCACCUACGGUAUACCUUCGCGGAGCACCAUCGCCAUCGUCGCAGCUCGGCGACAUGGAGAAUACGGGGAAUCGGAGCAGUGCCGUCGAGAUGUCGCGGAAGAUCUCCGAGACAUGAAGAGAGCGCGACCGAGGAUCGCAUGGGUUUCUUUAAGUCGGGGCCGGCGGUAGCAGAGCCGUGAUCAAAAUGAACUUGAUAAAUAUGGACGCGGAGAACCGCGUGGUUCUGAACGUGGGCGGAAUCCGGCACGAGACGUACAAGGCAACCCUGAAGAAGAUCCCGGCGACGAGGCUCUCGAGACUGACCGAGGCUCUCGCCAAUUAUGACCCGAUCCUCAACGAGUACUUCUUUGACAGACACCCGGGUGUCUUCGCCCAGGUACUCAACUACUAUCGCACCGGGAAGCUGCACUACCCCACGGAUGUAUGCGGCCCGCUUUUUGAGGAAGAACUCGAUUUCUGGGGUCUUGACUCGAAUCAAGUCGAGCCUUGCUGUUGGAUGACCUAUACGCAGCACCGGGAUACGCAGGAAACGCUGACGGUCCUCGACAGGUUGGACCUCGACACCGAGAGGCCCACCGAGGAGGAACUGGCCAGGAAAUUCGGUUUUGAGGAAGCAUACUACGAGGGAAGUCUCACGUGGUGGCAGAAGCUCAAACCUCAGAUGUGGUCACUUUUCGAUGAACCUUAUUCCUCCGUCGCAGCUAAGGUAAUCAGUAUAGUCUCCGUUUUCUUCAUCUGCGUUUCGAUACUUUCAUUUUGCUUGAAAACUCAUCCGGAUAUGCGAGUGCCGAUGAUCGUGAAUCGUUCGGUAAAGAUUGACAACGUGACGUCCUGGGUGGUAGACAAGACUCGCACCAAUGCCCAUGAUGUCUUCUUUUACAUCGAAUGCGUCUGUAACGCCUGGUUUACUCUUGAGUUCUUGAUACGUAUUACCGCGAGCCCGAAUCGUUGUGACUUUAUCAAGAGCUCGGUGAAUCUAAUCGACAUGGUCGCGACCUUGAGUUUCUACGUUGACCUGGCGCUGCAGCGGUUUGCGGCCCAUCUGGAGAACGCCGAUAUCCUCGAGUUCUUGAGCAUCAUACGUAUAAUGAGGCUGUUCAAGCUCACUCGCCACUCCUCGGGCCUGAAGAUCCUAAUACAAACCUUUCGCGCCUCGGCAAAGGAACUCACGUUGCUGGUGUUCUUCCUCGUCCUCGGUAUUGUCAUCUUCGCUAGCCUUGUGUACUACGCGGAGCGCACUCAAUACAAUCCGAAGAACGACUUCAAGAGCAUACCCCUUGGUUUGUGGUGGGCUCUGGUGACGAUGACGACUGUCGGUUAUGGGGACAUGGUGCCGAAAACGUAUAUCGGGAUGUUCGUCGGCGCGCUCUGCGCAUUGGCCGGUGUCCUCACGAUCGCCCUGCCAGUGCCCGUGAUCGUUAGCAACUUUGCGAUGUAUUACAGUCACACGCAGGCGCGAGCCAAACUACCAAAGAAGAGACGCCGUGUAUUGCCAGUCGAACAGCCACGUGUGAGGGCACCCGGCGCGCCGCCCGGCGUAGCCGGCGGGCCCGGAACCGUCGGGCCCCCAGGCUGCGGUCAGCAAAUGUCACACUUGCAGUCCACCGGGGGCACGGUUACCACUGGGCCCCACGGCCUCGGUAUGGGCCAAACGCCCGGCGUUGGAUGCACUGGCGGCGGCCAAGGACCGCAGAAUCGGAGAAUGAACGCCAUUAAGACGAAUCAUCCCAAGGAUCCGUUCGCCACGAAAACAGUGACUAUACACGGUCUAUGCUGCGGUCAUGCUGUCCACGCAGUUGCUAUGUUGAACAACUCUGAAGAAGAUGUACAGGAAACUUAAUACGUAACUUGUGUA